GAGUGCGUGGCGUGGUCCUCCCGGCUUGAUAUCGCUGCGCCGAGAGGAAGGUCGUGGUCCCUCGACGCGCUCGCAUUUUCUUAAUUUCCGGACAGCAUUUUCCAUCUUCAAGGCAACGGGAUGUACUGGAGUGGUCUCAGUGCUGCUGCCAAUGCGGCAGCAGCUUAUCAAACUGGACAGACUGGCUACCCAGUUGGUCACACUCCUACUGGUACAUACACCACCCAGCGUGCAGCAGGGUCAACUUAUGACACUGGGUAUCAGACUGUACCUACCCAAGUGGUGCUGCCUCAACCACUUACGACUAUGGUUAUGGCCGAACCACUCAGACAGCAGCUGCUGCAGCAGCUGCGGCCUAUGACUCUACCAAGACUUACUACGCACAACCAUCAACUGCAACUGCUUAUACUGCUGCUGACACACAUUACCAAAAUGUUUUGUCUGCAGACAAAGCUGCCUAUACAAAUACCAGUGCGUAUACAACUACUUCGCGGCAAACUACUCCUGUGGCUACCCCUAAGACAAGCUAUGCUGGAGCAUAUCCUGGAGCUGCAGCAGCUGCUGCCACAGCCACCUACAACACCUCUGCAUAUGCAGCACAAACUACUACCACCAAUAAAGUAAACAGCAGAUGUCCCGGGCCUCGCUUCGUCGUCGCAAUGACCUACGUACCGGAUGGCCAUGACCUACGUACCCGAGGGUCUUACGAAGCUGCCACACUAUACAUGCAGCAGACUACACCAGCUGCCAACACUUGGCAAACUUUCAAGAAGGCCAGUACAGUUCAGGGCAAGACCCAGAAGCCCAAGGCACCCCCAAAACCUCAGCAACUGCAUUACUGUGAUGUUUGUAAAAUAAGUUGUGCUGGGCCUCAGACCUACAGGGAGCACUUAGAGGGUCAAAAGCACAAGAAAAAGGAAGCAGCAGCCAAGGCAGGGCCAACACCCUCACGCCACGGGGCAUCCCUCCGCUGCGAACUUUGUGAUGUCACUUGCACAGGGGCUGAUGCCUAUGCUGCUCAUAUUCGUGGUGCUAAGCAUCAGAAGGUUGUGAAAUUGCACCAGAAGUUGGGAAAACCAAUUCCCUCAACUGAUCCAGUUGUAGUUGGAGGUACCACAAAAACCUCAACCACCACAGCUGGUUCAACAGUAGGUGCUAAAACAACUACUAGCGGUGGCACUGCAUCUACCACUGGUGUUCUCACAACUGCAGAUGGGAAGAAGGAUGAUCUCAAGGAUGAUUUACUUGAUCUGAAGGAGAAGGAUGUAGAACCUGUUGGUCAGGAAUAUAUUGAAGAAAUAAAGAAUGAGGAAGGUAAAGUCAUCAGCUUUAACUGUAAGCUUUGUGAAUGCCGAUUUAAUGACCCCAACGCCAAAGAGAUGCACAUGAAAGGUCGCCGACACAGAUUGCAGUACAAGAAGAAGGUUAAUCCUGAGCUAGUUGUAGAGGUAAAACCAUCAUUACGUCAACGCAAACUACAAGAGGAGAAACUUCGGCGACAGCAGCUGCGCGAGGAGAUGUGGAGGCGUCGUGAGGAAGAGAGACUACUGGAAGAGGAGGAGAGAUGGUACUGGGAGGAGAGGAGGAGAUAUGAAGAGGAAUGUGAAUACCUGGACUGGUGCCGCAGGUAUCCCCGUGGCCCCCCUGGCCCACCACCCAUGAUGCCCCCUGGCAUGCCCAGACCUCCCUUCAUGCCUGGGAUGCCUCCUAUGAUGCCAAUGCGUAGACCUGACUCAAGUGAUGACAGGCAUGUGUUGGCCAAGCAUGCAGAUAUAUACCCCAAGGAAGAAGAACUAGGAGCUAUUCAGAAGAUAGUAUCAAAUACAGAAAAGGCUUUGAAAAUGGUGUCUGAUUACCUAGCAGAGGUUGAUGCACCAAAAGAGCAGCAAGUUAAGCCACAAUACAGGGAGAAGAAAGAGGAUGGCCCACCCCGUAUGCUGAAGGGUGUAAUGAGAGUAGGUAUUCUGGCUAAAGGUCUACUACUCCGAGGUGAUACAAGUGUGCAGCUGGUAGUGCUCUGUGGAGACAAGCCUACACGGACUUUAUUGGACAGAGUUGCCGAUAACCUCCCAAAACAAUUAGCGGUUGUGGCACCAGAAGACAAAUAUGACAUCCAAAGAGUAGUUGAAGAAGCAGCUUUGGUUGUCCAAAACAUUGGUGACCAGCGGAUCUCGGUCAAUGUGACGCUUACAUCUCCAAUUAUGAGGGAACAGCUGCUACAUGAAGGAGACUCCCAGGUGACCGCCGCCAAGGAUCCUCCAGAUGUGCUCGACAAGCAGAAAUGUCUGGACGCUCUUGCCGCCCUCAGACAUGCCAAGUGGUUCCAGGCUAGAGCAAAUGGUCUUCAGAGCUGUGUAAUGGUGAUCAGAAUUCUGCGAGACUUGUGUCAGCGGGUGCCAACUUGGGGACCAUUGAACAGUUGGGCCAUGGAACUAAUGUGUGAGAAGGUAAUUGCCUCUGCUGGGCAGCACUUGAGUCCUGGCGAUGCUCUCCGAAGGGUUUUCGAGGCCCUGGCAUCUGGUCUGCUCUUACCUGGCUCUCCUGGGCUCCUUGACCCAUGUGAGAAGGACCCUGUUGAUGCUGCUUCGUCUCUGUCAGCCCAGGAGAGGGAAGACAUUACUGCUUCUGCACAGCAUGCCUUAAGGUUGAUUGCCUUCCGACAAAUCCACAAGGUCCUAGGCAUGGAUCCUAUUCCUCCACCUAAGUUCCAAAGAGGUGGACGCUUUACCCGCAAGAGACGAAGGGGACAACUCCUCGGGCGAGGGUAAUGACUCCGAGGGUGAGUUGGACGGUGGAGAUGGGAAGAAGGAUAAGAAGGAGGAUGGAGAAGAAUCCAAAAUGGAAAUGGACAAAGAGACAAAAUAAGAUUCUUUUACAAAGGUGCUUGAAUAGAUGUUUAGUUUUGUCUAUUAAAUUUUGAGAAAUAUUUCCAGGGUGGAAGUAGUAUACAAUGUUUCAACUAUUGUAUUAAAAGAAUGAUAUUUUCGGAUGAUUUGCAAAUUGUAAUGAUUAAUGCAUUCUGUACUUUCUUAUAUAAAUGUGUUCCUUUUCUACUAGUUGGUUCCAUAAUUUUAAUUUCAACCUGACCAACUUUUAAUGGCUUAAGGGCAUUUGCUUUAAAUAUAUUAUUUUGAUAUAUUUGUCUAAUUGCUUGGUUUGUAGUCAUCAAACUCAUAAAAAAGUGUAUGUUGGAAUAGUAUGUGGUUGAUGUUUAAUAUCAUCCUUUGUUGAAAAUUCAUUUACUCCAAGUCCAGUAGAUUUAUACAUGUGUGCUGGCAGACAUUAAUGCUAUCCCCUUUAUACUGUAGAGUGAAAAGAAUAAAUAUGAAUUCUGCCGGCAGAUUAAGGUGGCCUGGUACUUCCUUUGAUAGGGAGAAACCAUGUCCUUUUAAGCUAUCGGUUGUCUCACAUCUCAAGGGCUUAGCAUCAUGAUCCACCAACACGUCCAUUGGAAGUCUGACAUUAGGAUUAAGAAUCGUUAAAAGUUCCCCCACCCUCCUUUCCCCUUUUUCCCAUUACCUUUCCCUCCCUAAAUAUUAAUGAGAACUAGUCAUCGCAAUUGCUACUUGGUCCUCAUGCCCCAGAAAGCAGUGCGGGGUAGCAUAUUUCGUGCUAGUUGUUUUAAACUUAAAAAUAUUUCGAGUACAGUAUAAAAUAGAUCUUUUAA